AAAGGUGUCGAUCUGACCACAAUAGCUGGCAAUCCUUACUACACUGCACCUGAGUGUCUUAGCAGAACUGCUCCUUAUUCAUAUGCAGCAGAUCUCUUUGCCUACGGCAUUUUGCUUUGUGAGCUGAUCACCCGGAAGCCAAACCAAGAGUGUCUGGUCCCAAGAACAUCGUCUCUAACCCAUGAUUUAGCUCAAUUGCCCUUCCAAAGCUAA